AUGGGAGGGCUGCCAGAUUUGUGGUAUGCCAUGUGUUCCUAUCACAGUAAGCCUACAGAAGAAGUUGCUAAAUUUGAGCAUCCUACAAUUGGGAUGGAAGGUGGUAGUUGUGAUCAGUUGCAUAUACUGGUAACAGGAGGUGCUGGAUAUGUGGGGUCUCAUACUGUAGUUGAUCUGCUGGAGAAAGGCCACAAUGUAGUGGUGGUUGAUAAUCUUUGCAAUGUACACAUGGCUACUGAUGGAAAGAAGCCUGAAUCUUUGUUGAAAGCUGAAUCCUUGACAGGAAGGUCCCUUGAAUUCCACAAAUUGGAUAUCGUGGAUAAAGAAGCACUUCAGGCUGUGUUCUCCAUGCAAAAGUUUGACUGUGUCUUCCACUUUGCUGCUCUGAAAGCAGUUGGGGAGUCAUGUGCAGUCCCCCUCAAGUACUACAGAAACAAUGUGGGAGGUACUGCUAACCUUCUUGAAGUGAUGCAGGAGAAUGGUGUGAUGCGGAUUAUCUAUUCUUCAUCUUGUACAGUCUAUGGCGAUCCAUUGUAUCUUCCCAUUGAUGAAUCUCAUCCCAUGGGCAAGAAUAUCAGCAGCCCUUAUGGAAGAACCAAGGCCAUUGUAGAGCACAUGAUGAUGGAUCUCUGCCAUGCUCAAAAGGACUUGGGGUGUGUGUUUCUCCGAUACUUUAAUCCUGUGGGGGCUCAUCCAUCAGGAGAGCUGGGUGAAGACCCAUUGGACACACCAAGCAAUCUCAUGCCCUAUAUAUCUCAGGUGGCCAUUGGGAAGAGAGAUAUGUUCUACAUCUUUGGUGUGAGGGAUUAUGUACAUGUGAUGGAUGUUGCCAGAGGGCACACAGCUGCCUUGAAGAAGCUCAUGAACCCAGACUUCCAUGGAUGGAGGGCUUACAACUUGGGCAGAGGGAAGGGCUACUCUGUCAUUGAUGUAGUUAAAGAAUUUGAGAAGGCUUCUGGAAAAAAUAUCCCAUUCAAGGUGAUUGCAAGGCGACCAGGAGAUCUUCCAUUCGUUUAUGCCAAUCCCAAAUUGGCCUAUGAUGAACUUGGCUGGAAGGCACAAAGUGAUCUUGAUGACAUAUGUCGUGAUGCAUGGAAUUGGCAGAUGAAGUACCCUCAUGGGAGUCCUUGGUGGAAACGACGAAAGGAUGAUGGAGUGAAAGAGGAGAAGGAGAAGGAAAAAGAGAAAGAAGGAGAGGAGGAGGAGGAAGGAAUCCAACAGUGCCAUAUUUGUUCGUCGAACCUCGAGAAGAAAGCCCAUCCCCUUCAAUGUUCCUCUUGCUCCAACCUCACAUGUGAUUCCUGCAUCGUCUGGAACCCUGGAUCGAAGCUAUGGACCUGCAACGCUUGUCUUCAGAGGAAGUUACGAAAGCUUCGAAGGUAUCUCUGCACCAGUGGACACUUUGGACCCGGGACAAUAGUCGAAGCUGUUCAUUUCCUCUCACUGCCUGCCUUUGAGAUCGCGGAAGAAUACUUGCCGGUCACCCAGAAAUCGUGCCUGCCUGUUCUUUCAUGCGAAGAUCCUGGGAAGAAUUUUCUCUCCGUGAGGAUCAAAGCUGCCCGCCUGUUUUCACAAAGCUUCCACUUUGCCACUUCCUGUCUCUCAUACCCCUUCACCAGACUCUACGAUUCUCCGUUUCUCCGCAUUCUAUGGCCUUCCCUUGGCUUGCCGAUUCGCUUCCAUCAAAGCCCUAGGUGUGUCAAGGAAAUGGGGCCACGGAAACUGGGCGUCUCAAUCGAUCCGGAUUCCGAGAACGACUCCGGUUGUCCUGGGUCUGUGAGCCCUGCGUGGACGGAAGGAACAGGAUCGAAUUCGGAGACAAUGCGACCACCCGUUGGCUCUCCCACCGAUCUCCAUGCUUCCAAUGGCAACGAGUCUGGGCCUCGACUCUCUUUGUCACCAGGUGAGAGGAAAGUGUGGGAUGGCUGUGGAAUAGAACUUCCGGAAGUGGAUCCUACGACGGCAGAAGUCCGAGAGCAUGUGGAAACCCUGGUGGAGACCUUCAUUGGGCUCCCGCUGGAUAACGCUUCCGUCGAAAAGAUCUUCGAUCAUCCUUCAUAUGACGCUGUGAUGGACAAAUACUGUGGUCCCUUGGGUGAUGCCCUGACUCGUCUUUCCUAUGCUCUCCAAAUGGCCAUCAACAACGAGCCGUUGGGAGAAGAUGAGACCCCAUCGACUCUGCAUGCAACCUUGAAGAAAUUGAUCGAGGAUCUCAAGAGAGACGUUCGAACUCUCCCGCCAAUUCCUAGGAGAAGCAACGACUCCAGUGCCAAAGACAGCUGCUCUUUCAGCUCUCAGCCCUAUGAAGAUCUGCUUGCCAUCGCAAUUCUCAACAAGGUGAUACAGGAACAUGUGGAUGGGAGGGAAGUGCAAACCGAUGCUGAUGGCAAAAAAUCAAAACUCAAGGGGUCCAAGUAUGGGGAUGUUGGAAUACAGCCAGACAUGGAUGAAUUAGCAGAGUCUCAUUUAGCUGUUGAUUCUGACACUGACAGUGACCGAGCCCGAAGUCCAUUGGCUUAUGUGAUAGAAGAACAGAUUGAGGAGAUCACUACAACCUAUGAGACUGAUUCAGAGGCAGAGGAGGGAGAAGAUGGAGACAAGAAGGAAGGCUUCUUUAAUGAGCCAUAUAUCUCUCGAAGUGUUGUCACUGAUGGUGCUGAUGGGGAGAAGGUGGAUGGGAUUUCAGACUUGGAUUUCAUCUGUUCAGCCUUGAAUUUCACCAAAGAACAGCCUGUCCCAUUCCCUGAGCUUGGUCUUGACCUUGCCCAUGGAAGUCCAAAAAGUGAAGAUGAAGACCUUCAGGAGGGGAAUUACAAGGGCCAAUUGUCACAUGUACCUUUGGAGUCUUGGAAAGAGAACUGGCUCUUUCAAAAGCGGAAGGUCAGUGGAAAGCGUAACAACCCAGGUGCUUGGGAUGUUGAUGAGUUGUCAGAUUUAUCAGAGCAGGAGUCAUAUCAAUCAGUUGAGUAUUCAUCUGAAGAAGAAUUUGAGGUUGUCCCAGAUCACGAACAACACAUCCUGAAUCAAAGCUUUACUAGAGAGCCCCUCCGUUCUUCUUCGUCGGGACCUUCAUCUACAGGAAAUGACAUAAGUCAGAAGGAUUCUGAGUAUACUGAGGACUAUGACAGAGUGCAAACAAGAACAAAGUCUUGGAAGAAAAGUCCCUCUCCAACACCGGAGGAGGAGGAGAAUUUUUCCUAUCCCCAAACACAGCAUCCAGUUCCCAAGCCCAGGUCACACAAUGUGUCACAUGAUAAUGUAUGUGAAAGUAAUGUGCCAACCUACCUGCCUCCGCUCAAACGUCCUGCCCCUCCAAUCGACCUGAGCUUUUCCAUCAAUCCUGUUACUCUCACAUUACAUGCAGGGAAAGCUUUGAGGCUGAGAUGCAGUAUCACAGCAGCUCAGCAACCUUUCACUGUGUUUUGGUAUCAUAAUGGAGAAGCUCUUGUUGGCCUUGAUGAUGUCUACAUGUAUCAAGUCAGGAAUACAUUCCACUUGGAGAGGUACAACACAAUGCCAUCCCAUGGUGGGAUAUAUACAUGUGCUAUUCAUACUAAAACUGGCCAACGAUGGCAAGACUGCCAAGUUGUAAUUCGCAAGACCAAUAGGGCUCAUCAGCCUCCUGUAUUUGUCAGAAACCUACCUGAAGAAGUAGUGUAUGAUGGAAGACCAUCUCUACAAUUGCAAUGCCAGGUUGAUGGAUAUCCAGAACCAUCCCUCUGCAUAUUCCAAGAUGGAACCAAACUUGAACGCAAUGCUGUUGAGCUAGAGCCAUUACAGUAUGGAGAAUGGACUUUGACACUCAAGUCAGGAGUAGCUGAUCUUUCUGGGAGAUAUGAGGUGGAAGCGUGGAAUAGUGUUGGAAGAGCCAGGUCCUCUUGUCAAGUUAUCUCUUCAAGUUCUGAAUCCCUCACAGCCAAAACCAACCCGAAUCCUUCCCUUAUGCCUUCUUUAUGGCAAAGUCAGCACCAGGAGCAGGAAAAACCUGGCAGGAGUUCCCGGGCCGACUUUGAGGUGUCACAAGCGAUCUCAUCAAGUGAAGAAGCUCUUAAUCAGGUUUCUUUGUCAGAAACAUCAAAUGAGACAAGGACUAGGGAUGUCUCUGAUCUCCAUCUUGAUGGACCACCUCGACCAGGUAGACCCUCAAAAGAGAAGAAACCCAGUGCAUGCCCACCACCUGACACUCACUCCAAGUCAGAGCAUGACUCUCACUACCCUAUACCUGGGACCAUUGCUGAGAGGGAACACCUGAAAUGGCUGAAAGCUAAGCCUCUGUCAAAUAAUCCAUACUCUGCUGAGAAUAUAGCAAGACGAAUGCAGAAGAUGGACUUGAGGAAUACUACUCAUCUGGAGGACCCUGCUUUUGUCAAGGGAUCAUUUGAUGAUGUUAACACUACAAAUCCAUACACCAUCAACUGUGGGCCAAAAUCUAUUGAUCCAGAUCAAUACCGAAGGGAUUAUUACAUCCCAGGAGAAGAAACAAGGAAACGCCGGACAUCUUAUUCACCUCCCAAGCAGCAGCAACAGUUCCUCUCCCUCCAGCCUCAAGUGAAUCAGGUUUCAGCACGACAGACUGAAGCUGAGCGACCUCAGGUGACAGAGGCUGACAAUAGCGGUAUUCCUGAGGAGCAGGAACUCCAUAGCCUGCCUUCUGUUCGCCAAUUAGCAUCUAAGUUCCUUCCUAGCACAGAAAAUCCUCAAGUGAUCAUUGUUGAGAAACAAGGAGAGUCCUCUAGUGAGGAUAGAGCCAAGUCCUUUACACCAAGCAAACCACAGCUUGAGAUCCACAGCCUGACAGCCCGAAGCAUGCCGGCAGAGAUCCGGGAAGCAAUGAAGAAGCAGCGCCCGAAAGAACGAAAUCGAAACAUUGCUGUAGUGGAGGAAGGUUUUCGAAGAUCCGCUUCUAGUGUCCCUGAAUUGGAACGAAACAACCCAAGCCCCGAGCAUUUGGGGAUCCCGAAUGUCCCAAAGAGACUGAACGGGAAAAAAUGCGAAGAGGAAGAAAUUUCGGGUGGCUACACAUCAGAUGAGAGUAGUGGGUCCCAGUCACAUCCACCCACAUCCGCACGGCGAAAGCCUAAAACCAGUUCCAUUGCAUCACGUGCUGCAUAUUGGGACCAACGCGUGAGCCAAGGACUCUCAUCUGACUCCCAACUUUCUCCCAGGGGCGAUAUCCCUGAUUUUACCUGACUUGAGACUGAAGAGUUAUUUUCGUGAUCUGUGCCCCGUUCCCCUCGUAAGCAUGCUACCAUACUCCGUAUGAAAAUUGAAAAUGCUCAUUGCAUGUCAUUUCAUGGAUGUGUUGGAAACUGAAAGAAGCUGAAUACCUUCCCCGUCAUAUCGAUUUCGCUGUUUCAGCUCCCUCCAAUCCAGAGUUGAACUUAACAUUUGAUCAAGAACUUUUUUGUUCCCUGAUAUGUUGAAACAAAACAGCAGUGAAAUUCUUGCUUUUACCUUGUCCGCACAAGCCAUAUGUCCCAGAUUGACAGUUUUGCAUUGUUUUUCUCCUCCCUGAUAAGUAGCAUAUGGUC